ACCCAGAUGUUGAGAAUUUGCUGAUAUUUCCUCAUUCUAAUGAAUUUCAUCGAUACUGGAUGGUAGAGCAACGCUAUAUCAUUUUACAGGAUAAGGCAUCUUGCUUACCUGCAUUCUUGUUAUCUCCACCACCCAACUCACAUGUUUUUGAUACAUGUGCUGCACCAGGUAUGAAAACAUCGCAUGUGGCUGCAAUCUUGCAAGGAACUGGGUGGGUAGCAGAUGAUGACGCAUUGAAUCUAUUCUUUAUCGCCUCAAAAUUUUUCAGGAAAGUAUGGGCAAUGGACCGUUCAGAAGAGCGUGUGGAGGUCAUGAACCAGAUUCUAGGAGAAUGCGGUGUUGAGAAUGCUUCAGUGUUUCAUGGCGAUUUCUUGAAAACCGAUGUCAGCGAUAAAAAGUUUUCCAAGGUAAAAUACGCCAUUGUCGACCCUCCUUGCUCUGGAUCAGGAAUGGUAAAGCGUUUAGAUGAGCUGACGGGUGGUAAUGCUGAAAAGGGACGUCUGGAAAAGCUGAGAAAUUUGCAGGCUAUGUUGCUGAAACAUGCAUUGAAGUUUCCGAAUUUGCAACGCGCCGUGUACUCCACUUGUUCAGUCCAUGAAGAGGAAAAUGAGCAGGUUGUGGAUGAGGUUUUGCUCGACACCUAUGUUCGUCAGCAUUUCCGUCUUGCUUCGUCAGUUCUACCAAGUUGGACCUAUCGUGGAUUGGAUACAUAUGAAUUCGGAAAGGAC